CAUCGAGCUGCGCUGGCUUCGUCGUCUCCGCCACUGCGUGCACCUGGACUGUAUAACUGCUCCUGAAUAACUCCAAAGGCUUCCUUACCAUCCGAAGCACCGGUGAAACCAGCCGCAGACCACGCGUCGGGCUCAACAUGCUCUCUCUGCUUGUUUCCUUUCUCAGCUGCGGGGCGGCGCUGAGGCCAGCGGUGGCGCCGCGCAUGGGCGCCAUCCCCACCGUCGAGGAGCGCACGACGACGGCGCGCCCGAAAUACAACGUCGGCUCCGCAUCGACGCGCGGCUCGGCCGUCCGCCAGGGGCCGAGCGACUUCGAGUGGGCCAUCGACGCCGACGCGUCGCGCAACGACGGCGACAACUUCCACAUCCUUUUGUUAAAUGAGACGUUCGCCAAGCCGCGCAUGUCCGUGGCCUACGCCGCCGGCGCGCUCACGCUCGUCUUGGCCAUGCCCGAGCCCGACGCCAUCGAGCACGCGGGCUUCGCGCAAGCGCAAGGGUUUUCGUGUCUCGGGACGUGGCGCAAGGACGAGUGUUUGGAGCUGUGCGAGCAGCUCCGGGGGCGCGACCUGAGCGUGCGCGCGCUGCCGGGCGUGCGCGGGCGCCAGGCGUGGCAGGGGGAGCCGGCGAACACGUCGCCCGACGCGCUGCCGUCGGCGCCUUGAUCUGUCAAUUCGUGGUCCCUCUCGGAAGGGGUCGGCACUGUAAAUUUAUAC